AUGGAAGAGGCAGAACAAACCAUAGAAAGGAUAAAUAAAAAUUAUGGUUUCCCAGAAGUCAUUGGUGCAAUAGAUGGGACACACAUUAAAAUUGCUGCACCAAGGAAUCACAGUGAUUCAUAUAUUAAUCGAAAAGGAUAUUAUUCUAUUCAAUUGCAAGUUGUUUGUGAUGCAGAUUUGAAAUUCAUGCAUUGUUAUGCUGGACAGGUUGGUUCUGUACAUGACAACCGUGUUUUCAGAUUAUCUAAUAUUGAAAGUAUGUGUACAGAAGCCAAUUUUCCUAAUAAUAGUUAUUUACUGGGAGAUGCAGCUUAUUCUAUAUCAAAAUACGUAAUGGUACCAUUUAGAGACAAUGGCAACUUAUCUGAAAGACAAAUUAAUUUCAAUAAACGUUUAUCUACUGUUAGAAUGAUGAUUGAACGAGCCAUAG